CAACUACUGACCUAGCUUAACAUUGAAUGGACACAUUAGAAUAACGAACUAAAUUUCGUCCAAGAAACGAUAUCAACAGGCCACAUUUAGUGGACUGGAUAUGGCCAAUAAGGUACAGAAGGUAUGGACAAAGCUUAAAAAAGUAUUUGGAAAGAAUAAGGACUGUAUAAGUUUAGCAAUUGGAACUGAUGUAACUAUACCCCCAGACUAUAAAGACGAUGCUGGAGUUGCAAAACAACUGAAUUCUGCCAUUUUAGAAUUAAAAGAACUAAGAGACGAAUAUGCUGCGAAUAUGGAAAAGUUAAGAACACUGGCAACCACUGUACAGGAGACAGCCGAAUCAAAAGAAGGUCUACUCAUAGAACUAAAUGAACUGCGAAGAUUAAUCACACCAAGGGUUCCGAGAAUGGGCGCGUCAGAUGCAGACCGUUAUAGUCGUCGCAGAUCAUAAUCAUGGUGGACAUGUACUUAGCAAGACAAACAAUUAAGCAAGCACAUUUACAGAUGUACACACAAACUAAUUUCUUUCUAGUACAUUUUAAUUAAUCCAAAGGAAAUUCAUGAAAAGGUUCCACAAUUUUUUCAAAUUCAAGACAAUCCAGGAAUUGAAUAAAUUAUAUGAAUAUCGAAAAUAAACCUUAGAGCUCGUCAUUUCUUUGUAAAAGUGCAAAUAUCG